CCCCCGCCGCUUCUCCCUCCUCGUCAACCUCCUCGCCUUCGACCGCCCGGACGCGCUCCGCCGCUGCCUCCGCUCCCUCGCCGCCGCCCACUACGGCGGGGACCGCGUCGCGCUCCACGUCCUCCUCGACCACCGCCCGCCCAACUCGUCCUCAUCGUCGUCCGCCGCACCGCUCGACCUCCCGUUCCCUCGCCGCUGGCAACCGCGGACGCCUCCAGGGCCCGACAGAAUAUCGAGCCUUUGAACUCGAGGUUAGGCGAUGGAUUUAGGAACGGAGAAUCGCCUCGCAGCUUUGCUAGUGGAGGAGACGCGGAGGCGGAUGCUGCAAGCGGACAAGAAAGGCGUGCAGGCCUAUCAAGCUAAUCGAGACGUGGAGGUUGAUGGUAUGUGGCGUGCCAGGGAGAAGGAAGUGGAGCUGGGGACGAAAUUGAAAAGCAGAACUAAUGGUCACACAGAUUCAAGAUGCAAAAAGCGCAAGAUCAGCUCAAGAAGCCUACGCCCUGUCCCAAAGAUUGAGCAAGAUGGCAGACCUUGUGCUACCUCUUGUUCAGCGAGGUAUUCACAUAGCAUCUCUUACUCAGACAGAGAGGAUGGACUAGGAGAUGAUGAACUUGAAGAGUUUCUUCACUCAAGGUCAGGUGGAUUUGGAGGGAACGUUGGGCAGGACCCGCACGUCCUCUACACGCUCAGCACAGUGCAGGUUUGCUACUCAUGGUGGGUAUUAUCAAGCUUGAUAAUGAUUGAUAGAGUGCACUGGAUUGACAAGGAAAAGCUUACAAAAUUCAUACUAAAUUGUCAGGACCAAGAAAACGGUGGCAUUUCAGAUAGACCAGAUAAUGCGGUAGAUAUCUAUCACACAUACUUUGGAGUUGCAGCUAUCAAGCUCUUGAGUCCGCUGCGCAACCUGACAGCGUCCGAUCCGUUCGCCUCCCUCUUGUCACGCGGAUUGACGAACAAAAGACUCGGAAGCUUCCAGAAUUUGUUCGAGUGGUGUCUCUGGGAUGGGAGUUUGUGUGAUGUAAUGAAUGACUUGGAUUCCUUUGUUCUGCUUAGGCCGCUAAUCUGUUUCUUGAGAUGUUUCAGUGAUCAAGCCCUCGCCUUCUCUGUGCAACUGAUUGUGUUGCAUCCAUUUGACUCUCUUUUCUUGUGUGGAUCGACGAACAAAGAACUUGGAAGCUUACAGGGACAUGGAACCACCUGGACGUCCUGACAAGUCCCCAAGUUACCCAAGCUUUUCCUCCACGGGCCAAAUGACACUGGUAGAUUCUAGUGACGACGAGCCCUGGCUUCAUCUGACCUUGGGACCUAGUAAAAUGGCUCUUGAGGAGUUCAGGAGGAUACACCAUGAGGAAGCCAAGCAAGAAGCUGCUGGACAUGCAAAAGCUUCAACCGGUGAUAAUGUUGACCACUAUGAGACGGUGUUGUCUCCUAUAAAGAGAAUAGUUUCAGGCCAAAUGACACUGCUUGAUUCUAGUGACGAUGAUCCCUGGCUUCAUCUUACCUUGGGCCCUAGUAAAAUGUCUCUUGAGGAGUUCAGGAGGAUACAACAUGAGGAAGCCAGGAAAGAAGAUGCCAGACAUGCAAAAGCUUCAGUCGAGAUGACUUUGACUGGACCUAAGAAGUUCUAUUGCCGAUAUUGUGCCAAGUCAUUCGAUAAUGCUCAAGUUCUUGGUGGUCAUACGGGUAACUGCAAAAAAACGGCUUCAAGUGGAAAGAAGAAGUUGUACUGCAAGCACUGUGCUAAGGACUUCCCUUCUUCAUCAGUCCUCGGAGGUCAUAUGGGUCGCUGCAAGAACCUAGCAAGGCCAAUUGAUUUCAGCAAUCCUCUUGUCGUACAAGAGGAAAAACAGGAAACUGAUGCCAGUACCCCUUACCUUGGUGCUGCUGCUGUCGUGACCCAGGAACAAAACCAGAAUCUUGCUCUAAAUCUUUCAUUUACUUGUGACAAUUCAGCUAAUGAAGACGCUGACUCUGAAGACCAGCCUUGUGGAGCAGGUCACUCCCCUGAAGGUACACCAUGAGAGGAGCUCUGCUUCUGUGGAUCGCUAUGGAGUUUGCACUGAGGUUCCUGUUGAAGAAGAGAAGAUGGAGCUGAGUCACUAUGAUGGUGUUGAGAGAAGACACUCCAGUUUUGUCUAUAGGAUCUAGUGACACUAUCUCUUUUGUGUUGUUGAGAAGAAGUCAGCAUCUGGUGGGUUGUUUGACGGACCACUAAAAUUGUAGAUGUUAGCUUAGAUGAAACCGUUGGUUUAACCUGUAUUGUUGUUGCCAUUUUCUGGUUAACCACCUGAUCAAUCUUUAGUUAGGCUAUUGUUGAUAGGUUGACAGGUUGUUGUGAACCUACAUGUACAAGGCACUUUGCCUCGAGGAAAGUUUAACCGCUAUUCGAAGGUGAGCCGAACCGUCGGGAAGCAUUGCUGCUAUGCGCGUGGUUCACUGAUGCAGGCAGGACGAAGCCCGGGACAUUAACGGUACUUGA